UUAACUGUUCGUUUCUUGUGCACUAAGUACGAUUUCACGAUGAAACGUUUGCACUUUAUUACGCUUACAUUUAGUUUAAGUAGUAUUAUAUGUGAAGGGGUGCCACAAUGUUCAAUGGGAGAUGUUAAGAGCCUGCUUGAGGGAUGCGAUAGAUUAACUGGACUCAACGUAACAAGUGUAGGAGGAACGAUGGUUAACGAUCACAAUUGCGAUGUUCUUCUUCCUAAACAAGUGUUUAGUGACGAGCCGUUGUUUCAAUACGCAUUAGCUGAUUCGAAAAAGUUUUAUACAAUAAUUAUGGUAGACCCAGACGCACCACCACAAACUGAAGGAGAAUUUUUCUUGCAUAUGUUAAAAUCUAACAUACCUGGUCUUGCACUAAGAGCGAAAGAGAGCAUUAAAACAUUUGGCAUUGAUUACCGAGGUUAUAAACCACCAGCGCCACCUCGCGGAACCGGCCCACACCGCUACAUAACAUUACUCUAUGAACAAGGCGACGGCAAUAAUUUCCUACCGAGUGUGCCGCCAUCUCGUAGUCGCUUUAUGCUUUCAAAUUGGCUACGGGGGAAGAACCUGUGUGGACCUGUGGCCGCCACGCAAUUCAGGGCUCAAUUCUAGAUGGCGUUAGUUGUUUAAAUUUUCAGAUAUAUUAUGAAAACGACUUUAGGGCAAUACAUAACGUAAAUUAA